AAGUGUAUGCAUGUAGAACCGCCACGAGCUCUCCCUCUCAUUGGCUGAGCGCAGUGGAGCCCGAUUGGAGAGUGUUCGUAUAUACUGGCCGUCCUUACAGCAGUUAUACACGAAAGUACGUAUAUAGGUACACACCAUUUUAAGCGAACAUUUGUGCGACGACGAUUCAGACAAAGAAAGGAACAUGGCAGAUAAAAAAGGGAAACACGCAACCACGAAGAGGACCCUGACCAAGAAGGAACAAGAGGAGCUGAAGAAGAAAGAAGAAGAGAAAGCGGCGGAGGUGUUUGAAGAAUUUUUGGCAUCUUUCGACAGCAAUGACAAGAGCGCGGUGAAGACGUUCGUGCGCGGGGGCAUUGUGAACGCCACGAAAGAGGAAGAAGCGGCAGAGGUGAAGAAGAGCAAGCUUUACCGCCCAGCCACAAAGUUCACGCCGCUGCCGCAGAACGUGCUGUCGACCUCGCAGUCAGAGAAGAAACCUCUUGUGAAAAAGAAGACCGAAGAGAAGAAAAAGAGUAAUCUUGAGCUUUUUAAGGAAGAGUUAAAGCAAAUACAGGAGGAGCGUGAGGAACGAUACAAAAGGAAGAAGAAUGACCCUGGAGGCUGUACUGACUUGGACACACCUCAGUCUCGACGGUCAUUGUUUGAUGAUGAUCCCAGUAUGCCUAAUACAACCAAUCUCUACAUUGGAUGCAUUAGUCCAAAGAUGAAUGAGGAAAUGCUCUGCAAAGAGUUUGGCAAGUAUGGCCCUCUGGCUAGCGUCAAAAUUAUGUGGCCGCGAACGGACGAUGAACGCACUCGACUGACCAAUCGCGGUUUUGUGGCCUUCAUGACUCGGAAGGAUGCAGAACGGGCCCUGGCGGCACUUGAUGGUAAAGUGAUUAUGGGUUUUGAAAUGAAGCUGGGCUGGGGGAAGGCCGUGCGCAUCCCACCACAGCCGCUGUACACCCCCAUAGGGGUGCUAAAAUCGUCCACUCCCCCUCCGCCCUCUGGCCUGCCAUUCAACGCACAGCCUCGCGAGAGGUUCGGCAAUCCUUUAAACAUGUCCAAGGAGGAGUUUGACAAGACUCUGUCCGAAGCCGUAGUCAAAGUGGUUAUCCCAACAGAAAGAAACCUCUUAGGUUUGAUCCACAGAAUGAUAGAGUUUGUGGUGCGUGAGGGACCUAUGUUUGAAGCCAUUAUCAUGAAUAAUGAGAAGAACAACCCAGACUUCAGGUUCCUGUUUGACAAUAAAAGUCAAGCACAUGUCUACUACAGAUGGAAACUGUUCUCGAUUCUCCAGGGCGAGUCCCCCAACGAAUGGAGGACCGCCGACUUCCGCAUGUUCCGGGGCGGCUCUCUUUGGCGGCCGCCUCCGCUGAACCCGUACCUGCACGGUGCAGAGGACAGCCGUGAGGAGGAGGAGGAGGAAGAGCUGAAGAAGGGGCAGCUUAAGGCAGAGCACAGAGACAAGCUGGAGAAUAUCUUAAGAGCACUGACCCCAUCCAGGGAGGAGAUCGGCGAUGCGAUGGUCUUCUGUCUGGAUAGAGCUGAGGCUGCCGAGGAGGUGGUGGGCUGUAUCGCAGAGUCCUUGUCCCUUCUCCAGACACCCCUGCAGAAAAAGAUUGCACGAUUGUAUUUGGUGUCCGACAUUUUAUACAACUCGUGUGCCAAAGUCAUCAACGCAUCCUACUACCGAAAAUUCUUUGAAACAAAACUGCCCCAAAUAUUUGGAGACAUCAGCGAGGCAUAUCGCAACGUUCAGGCAAGGCUUCAAGCUGAGCAGUUCAAGCAAAAGGUGAUGUCGUGCUUCCGGGCCUGGGAGGACUGGGCCGUUUACCCAGAAUCCUACCUGAUCCAGCUGCAGAACAUUUUCUUAGGUCUUGUCAAGGCUGGGGAGGAGGUGGUCACGAGGACAGAGUCCCCAGACCUUGACGGUGCACCCCUGGAGGAUGUGGAUGGGGUUCCGCUGGAGAACGUGGACGGUUCGCCAAUGGCCAAUCUUCCCUGGGACCCCGCCUCCUUGGACGGAGUGCCUGUAGACGACAUUGACGGAGUCCCCCUUGGGGACACGAUGGACGACAUUGAUGGGACACCUUUGGAGGAAGGCUCAGAGAAGGACCGAAACCUGCCCCACGCCAGAGUGGCUCUGUCCAAAUGGGAGAGAGUUGAUGACACAGAGGUCCUGCCUCCAGCAAAUGCGGAGUCCAGGUGGGAUUUGCUUGAGGACCAGGACUCGGAAGACAAUAUGAAUGUAGGCAGAGAUGCCAAGGAGGACGACUCGGAUGACGACAGCAGCGACGAAGACUCCUGCAGCCCCUCCAAGUUCGAAGGCGCAGACUUCAAGAGCUCCGUGAGAAAUUUCGAGUUGUCUGAGAGCAAGCGAUCCAAGCUGCGGGAGCUCGAGGUGAAGGUUAUGAAGUUCCAGGAUGAGCUGGAGUCGGGUAAGAGACCCAGGAAGACGGGCAAGACUGUACAGCAACAAGUGGAGCACUACAGGAACAAGUUGCUGCAAAAGGAGUUCGAAAAGGACGACCAGGAGAAGAGGGAGAAAUCAGCACAGAAGUCAAAAGAGCGGACGAAAAAAGAGGAGAAGCGGGACAAGACAGAGGAUCGGAGCAAGAGCAAGGAUAAGGACCGGAAGAAGAGCAAGGAGCGGAGUCAGGACCGAGAAAGGAACAGGGGGAGGAGCAAAGGCGAAGAGGAGGACAAAAGCAGGGUGGACCGGUACAGGGGCGGGUCUCCCUCCACAACAAAAUCAAAGUCUCCGAAGAAGUCCAAGCGGUCGCGGUCGCCGUCCCCGAGCAGGCGAUCGUGGAGGUCGAGCUCGAGGUCACCACACCGUUCCCACAAAAAGGCAAAGAAGAGUAAACACUGAGCCCCCCCCGACGCCAUCAGUCAGCAUCCACGGACUGCCCCUCUGCCAGGGUGCCACACCUCCAUCCCAUAAUGCCCCUGGAGGGACUCUCCACACUGAUGGACAGUUUGUUUCUCCUUCCACAGCCCUGAUGCUACGUUUAGUUGAGACUGAGGUUUGGUAAAUUUUUUGUUAAUGAAGUCUGAUGUUUUUUGUACAGUUUUGUUUGCUUUUUUAAACCCCCUGUUCAGAACAAAUUGUUGCAAGAAUGUUCCUAAAACUUUACAAUAAAAAACGACUAGUCCUGA